AUGCAGGACUUAGCGUCAGUACAUGAACUGGCUUGAAGGUCACUAUCUGAAGUUGACUCAAACUCAUGCAGUUCUUUCGGGGGGUUUGCACAUAGAGACCACAGGGCAGCUGGAUCGAGAGAGAGAGAGAGAGAGAGAGGUCACCAAAUUUUGACUAUGGCAGGCAUGCUUCUCUAUAUAAACCGCUCUUAUUUCCCUGUACUGCGCAAGGUUAGAAAUUUGCAGCAGUCGACAGGAAAAUGCUACUUUAGAACAUUUCAGCUAUUAUGGAAUGCACAGGUGAUUAAAGGUACCCUUUUUCGAGAUCUUGUUGUGGGAGUCCCAAAAGAAAUCUCAAAAAAUGAGAAGAGGGUGGCAGUGACUCCUGCUGGUGUGCAGGCUUUGCUUAAGCAAGGUUUUAAUGUCCAGGUGGAAACUGGAGCAGGGGAAGAAGCAAAGUUUUCUGAUCAACAGUACAAAAAAGCAGGCGCAUCAUUAAGCAACACCAGAUCUGUGUUUGGUUCAGACAUUGUACUGAAGGUACGAGCGCCUGGUUUUAACGAGGUUUUGGGAACUCACGAAUCGGAACUGCUCAAAGAAAGAGCAACACUUGUUAGUUUCAUCUAUCCUGCUCAGAACCCUGAUCUAAUGGAUAAACUUGCACAACGGAAACUUACUGUUUUAGCUAUGGACCAAGUACCUCGAGUUACUAUUGCACAAGGCUAUGAUGCCCUCAGCUCAAUGGCCAACAUUGCUGGAUACAAGGCGACUGUACUAGCAGCCAAUCACUUUGGUAGAUUUUUCACUGGUCAAAUAACAGCAGCCGGAAAAGUGCCCCCAGCAAAGGUGUUAAUAAUUGGUGGUGGAGUUGCGGGUCUGGCUGCUGCAGGUGCUGCAAAAGCCAUGGGGGCUAUUGUACGUGGAUUUGACACCAGACCCCCAGCCCUGGAGCAAUUCAAAUCCCUUGGAGCAGAACCCCUGGAAGUGGAGAUUGCUGAAACAGGAGAAGGUGUUGGUGGUUAUGCUAAAGAAAUGUCUAAAGAAUUUAUUGAAGCUGAACUUGCUCUCUUCGCCAAGCAGUGUAAAGAGAUUGACGUCAUAAUCAGCACAGCACUCAUCCCAGGGAAAAAAGCUCCAGUGUUGAUCUCCAAAGACAUGGUAGAGUCUAUGAAGGAUGGAUCAGUGAUUGUUGACCUUGCAGCUGAGGCUGGUGGAAAUGUAGAAACAACAAGACCUGGAGAACUGUACAUACACAAAGGAGUUGUACAUGUCGGAUACACAGACCUGCCAAGCAGAAUGGCAUCUCAGGCCAGUACCCUGUAUUCCAACAACAUUGUGAAGUUAUUAAAAGCAAUUGCUCCAGACAAAGAGUAUUUUUAUCUUGAGCCAAAGGAUGAAUUUGACUAUGGCACCAUUGAUCAUGUCAUUAGAGGAACAAUGGUAAUGAGAGAGGGUCUCCACUUAUUCCCUUCUCCACUUCCAAAGACUGCUCCUCCGGCAGCCCCUGUUAAACACAAAAGUGUUUUAGAAGUCAAAGCUGAGAGAAAAGCCACAGAAUCUCCUUUCAGGAAAACAAUGACAUCAGCUGGCGUUUACACAGCAGGUUUGGCUGGUGUUUUAGGCCUGGGAAUUAUUUCCCCAAAUUCAGCUUUCUCUCAGAUGGUAACUACUUUUGGCCUUGCUGGAAUAGUGGGCUACCAUACUGUGUGGGGUGUCACACCUGCCCUACAUUCGCCACUCAUGUCUGUUACAAAUGCUAUCUCGGGUCUCACUGCUGCUGGUGGGCUGGUGUUAAUGGGUGGGUCAUAUUUUCCUUCCAGCUUGCCUGAAAGCCUGGCCUUACUCGCAGCCUUUGUAUCAUCAGUAAAUAUUGCAGGAGGAUUUCUCAUUACCCAAAGGAUGCUGGAUAUGUUCAAGAGACCCACAGAUCCGCCGGAAUACAAUUACCUUUAUCUUCUGCCAGGGGGAUUGUUUGUUGGUGGUUAUGGAGCCUCUCUGGCCCUCGGAUAUAAUAUAGAACAGAUGAUGUACCUUGCAUCAGGUCUGUGCUGCGUUGGAGCACUAGCAGGAUUAUCAAGCCAAAGUACCUCCAGGCUUGGAAAUGCUCUAGGCAUGAUGGGCGUUGCAGGGGGCUUGGCAGCUACCUUGGGAUCUCUGAAACCUUCACCAGAAUUAUUAACACAGAUGUCUGCUGCCAUGGCUAUGGGUGGCACUAUAGGGCUCACAAUUGCCAAAAAAAUAGAAAUUUCAGAUCUUCCUCAGCUCGUGGCUGCAUUUCAUAGCUUGGUUGGCUUAGCGGCAGUUUUAACAUGUGUUGCUGAGUACAUGAUAGAAUAUCCACACCUCGAUGUGCACCCGUCUGCAAAUGUCAUUAAAACAGUUGCAUAUUUAGGCACCUACAUUGGAGGAGUCACAUUCAGUGGUUCUCUUGUAGCCUAUGGAAAAUUACAAGGGAUUUUGAAUUCUGCACCUCUCCUCUUACCUGGUCGCCAUUAUCUUAAUGCUGGAUUGUUGACAGCCUCAGUCGCUGGCAUGGUGCCUUUCAUGUUGGACCCAAGCUACAGUACUGGCAUGGCUUGUCUUAUUGGUGUCUCUGGGUUAUCCUCCAUUAUGGGUGUAACACUGACGGCAGCUAUUGGAGGAGCAGAUAUGCCAGUGGUCAUCACUGUACUCAAUAGCUAUUCAGGGUGGGCCCUGUGUGCUGAAGGAUUUCUGUUGAACAACAACCUCAUGACAAUAGUAGGGGCACUGAUUGGCUCAUCCGGAGCAAUCCUUUCUUACAUUAUGUGUGUGGCUAUGAACAGAUCCCUACCAAAUGUAAUUUUGGGUGGAUAUGGAACAUCUUCUACUGGUACUGGGAAACCUAUGGAAAUCAUCGGGACCCAUACUGAGGUUUCUGUUGACCAAUCUGUUGAAAUGAUAAAGGAUGCUAACACAAUUAUAAUUGUCCCAGGAUGGGGCCUUUGCGCGGCCAAAGCUCAGUAUCCCAUUGCUGACAUGGUGACAAUGCUCCAGGAUCAAGGAAAGACUGUUCGAUUUGGCAUUCACCCAGUGGCAGGACGGAUGCCAGGUCAACUAAAUGUCCUGCUGGCUGAAGCUGGGGUGCCCUAUGAUAUUGUGCUUGAAAUGGAUGAGAUUAAUGAAGACUUUCCAGAAACAGAGUUGGUGCUAGUGAUUGGUGCAAAUGAUACAGUCAAUUCUGCUGCCCAAGAAGACCCAAAUUCAAUCAUCGCUGGUAUGCCAGUGCUAGAAGUCUGGAAAUCAAAACAGGUAAUUAUUAUGAAGAGAACUCUGGGAGUUGGAUAUGCAGCUGUGGACAACCCUGUAUUUUACAAACCAAAUACAGCCAUGUUGCUAGGAGAUGCAAAGAAAACAUGCGACGCUCUACAAAGUAAAAUCAAAGAAAUAUAAUACUGUAUUUAGUGUGCUGUUAUUAUACUAAAACAAGUAUGUUCAAAA